AUGAACACACCAAAGAAUUCGCACUCUGCAACAAGAGAUGAACGGCCGAGAUCGCUAUUUGAAGUAUUAUUCGGAGCCAAGGUGGAAGAUACAAACCUAACUGCUAAUGUAUUGGAGAAGGCUUUGGAACUGAGAAUAGAACAGGAGCGUACAAAACAACAGUACUACAGACUUGAGAACGCAAGCCGCACAAUAGAAUUGUUCACGAUGGCCAAAGAGUACGGAGUACCGUCGUAUGAAAUUCCGAAGCUCUUCGGCGGUGAAGAAUUGAACAUCGGAAGCUCGGGUUUUAGAAGUGGCGCCUCCAACAUCGGGGUUCCAACUUCAACUGUCACUGAUUGUUCCGUUAAGCAACCUCUAUGUUACAAAUUCCCCCCUGCAGGCAGCAAUUUACGGCCAAAGCCGGUAGCCGGAGACGCAACAACCUUAGCUGCACGACGAGCCAAUUCACCUGCUCGAAUAGGGGCAUACGCUGUUGCUGCUUUGAAUGAGGCGGCUUCGUUAAAGGAGGAAGAUCAGCAGUUGAAGUUUUCGCCCUUCCCAACUAAUGCCAAUCACUCUGUGGCGAGUCACAGCCGCAACCUCUCAUUACCAGUGGCCAAAACCGCUGGUUCUGAUAUCCCAUCCGAAAUGACAUCGAUUUUGAGUUUCGGAAAGGAUUAUAACGAGCAGAUAUCAAAUAGUGCUGGAUUUGGCGAUUCGAACCAGCCAGGCCUGCGAAAAGCCUCAAUGGUACAUAAGAAGCAUCGAAGGACACGAUCAGGGUCCUCAUUUGGCGUAAUUGAUUUAAACAUGGUAGACGCACAUAAGCAACUGAGCCUUCCUAAAUUGAAGACACAGGUCGAUCAACUCCCGAUUCAAAGCACAGAAAAAAAUCCUGAGAAACGAUUCGAUUAUGACGAGAUUACAUGCAGCGAGAACAGCAGCAGGAAUGGAAGUCCCACGCAGUCUAAGAAUACUAACUCAGUAGCUAAUUUGUUGAAUAGCGGUUAA